GCACUUAAGUAGCUGCGGGGCUGUGUGGGGAAGGAAAGAGGGAGAAAGAGCCGCUGAGGCUGACCCACUCGGACCCGGACCCAGAGCCAACCCAACCCGUCCAGACCCAGACUGCACCAUGCGGGGCCCGAGCGUGGCUCUGUGGCUCCUCCUGGCUCUGCGCACUGUGCUUGGCGGCAUGGAGGUGCGGUGGUGCACUAUCUCAGACCCAGAGCAACAGAAAUGCAGCGACAUGAGCAAGGCCUUCCGGGAAGCAGGCAUCCAGCCUUCCCUCCUCUGCAUCCAGGGCUCCUCGGCUGACCACUGCAUCCAGCUCAUCACCGCCCAGGAGGCUGAUGCUAUCACUCUGGAUGGAGGAGCCAUUUACGAAGGAGGAAAGGAGCAUGGCCUGAAGCCUGUGGUCGGGGAAGUGUAUGACCAAGAAGUUGGCACCUCCUAUUAUGCGGUGGCUGUGGUCAAGAGGAGCUCCCAUGUGACCAUCAACACCCUGAAAGGUGUGAAGUCCUGCCACACGGGCAUCAACCGGACAGUGGGCUGGAACGUGCCUGUGGGCUACUUGGUGGAGAGUGGCCGCCUCUCGGUGAUGGGCUGCGACGUGCUCAAAGCUGUCAGCAACUAUUUUGGGGGCAGCUGCGUCCCGGGGGCAGGAGAGACCAGUUACUCGGAGUCCUUGUGUCGCCUCUGCAGGGGCGACACCUCUGGGGAAGGGGUGUGUGACAAGAGCCCCCUGGAGAGAUACUACGACUACAGCGGGGCCUUCCGGUGCCUAGCAGAAGGGGCAGGGGAUGUGGCCUUUGUGAAGCACAGUACAGUGCUGGAGAACACGGAUGGGAAAACACUGCCCUCCUGGGACCAGGAGCUGCUGUCACAGGACUUCGAGCUGCUAUGUCGGGAUGGCAGCCGGGCUGAAGUCACUGAGUGGAGACGAUGCCACCUGGCCCGGGUUCCUGCCCACGCCGUGGUGGUCCGGGCUGACACAGAUGGGGGCCUCAUCUUCCGGAUGCUCAACGAAGGCCAGCGUCUGUUCAGCCAUGAAGACAGCAGCUUCCAGAUGUUCAGCUCUGAGGCCUAUGGGCAAAAGAACCUGCUAUUCAAAGACUCCACCUCAGAGCUUGUCCCCAUCGCCACACAGACCUACGAGGCCUGGCUGGGCCGUGAGUACCUGCACGCCAUGAAGGGUCUGCUCUGUGACCCCAAUCGGCUGCCCCACUACCUGCGCUGGUGCGUGCUGUCUACUCCUGAGAUCCAGAAGUGUGGAGACAUGGCUGUGGCCUUCAGCCGGCAGAGGCUCAAACCAGAGAUCCAGUGUGUGUCGGCCGAGUCCCCCCAGCACUGCAUGGAGCAGAUCCAGGCCGGGCAUAUUGACGCUGUGACCCUGAGAGGCGAGGACAUUUACUUGGCGGGGAAGACAUAUGGCCUGAUUCCCGCAGCUGGGGAGCAGUAUGCCCCUGAGGACAAGAGCAACUCGUACUUUGUGGUGGCCGUGGUAAAGCGAGACAGCUCCCACGCCUUCACUUUGGAUGAGCUCCGCAGCAAGCGCUCCUGCCACGGGGCCUUCAGCAGUGCCGCGGGCUGGAAUAUCCCUGUGGGUGCCCUCAUCCAGAGGGGCUUCAUCCGACCCAACAACUGCAAUGUCCUCACAGCAGUGAGUGAGUUCUUCAAUGCUAGCUGUGUGCCCGUGAACAACCCCAAGAACUACCCUCCUUCGCUGUGUGCACUCUGUGUGGGGGACGAGCGCGGCCGCAACAAGUGUGUGGGCAACAGCCAGGAGAGGUACUACGGCUACAGUGGCGCCUUCAGGUGCCUGGUGGAGAAUGCGGGUGAUGUAGCCUUCGUCAGGCACACAACCGUGUUUGACAACACAAAUGGUCACAAUUCUGAGCCCUGGGCUGCUGAGCUCAGGUCACAGGACUAUGAGCUGCUGUGCCCCAAUGGGGCACGGGCUGAGGUGUCCCAGUUUGCAGCCUGCAACCUGGCACAGAUACCAUCCCAUGCUGUCAUGGUCCGGCCAGACACCAACAUCUUCACCGUGUUUGGACUGCUGGACAAGGCCCAGGACCUGUUUGGAGACGAUCACAAUAGGAAUGGGUUCAAAAUGUUUGAUUCCUCCAACUAUCAUGGCCAAGACCUGCUUUUCAAAGAUGCCACAGUUCGUGCGGUGCCUGUAGGGGAGAAAACCACCUACCAGGACUGGCUGGGGCCUGACUACGUGGCAGCUCUGGAAGGGAUGCUGUCUCAGCAGUGCUCGGGAGCAGCAGUCACUGUCCCCAGGGAGCCCCUGCUGCUGCUGCUGCUGCUCCCGCUGCCCCUGGCUGCUGGCCUCCUCCAGCCGGCGCCCUGAGCGGUUGCCGGCGGCGCCGCCUCGCUGCACGGAGCCGGUUCGGGGAGGGAAUGUCGCCCAACACCGCGCGACAGGAGAGGGCGCGGGCGCAACCUCAGAGCGCUCCGGGUCGGCCGCCCGGCCCGAGAAGCGGAAUAAAGACGAAUGUUCGGAAAAGUCCCCGGGCCUCGAGUGGGGCGGGCGCCGGCGCCUCCUGCGGGAGCCCCGCCGCCCACAGGCACCACCUGGCCCCGCGCUACCUGCGGCGCCGGCCCCAGGCUCGUCCGCCCCCGGGCUGGCGCGGGGCGCGCUGCCAACAGCCGCCUCCCGCCACCUGGAGCCUCGCGGCCUGCGCGGGAGGGGGCCGAUUGCCAGGGAGACCGGCUGCGCAGAGCCCGGUCCUCCUCCCCCCGAGCCGCCAGAGUCCGCCGCGGCCUGCGGCCCCGGCCUGGGAGCGCGGACCCCGCAGCCCCCCGAGCCGCCCGCGUCUCCCCGGCUGUCCCCCGCCGCCUGUCCGCGAGUCUUCUCCCAGGGACACUGUGUGGCCUCCAAACAGGCGCGGCUGCUGGGCACAAUCAGCCCUUUGUCCCUGUCCGUGGCUUGGCGUGGCCCACCUCAACGCAUGGCCGAUUCUGCUGGGCUGGGAGGGGAGAGCGGCUGGACUCUAGGGACGAAAUGGCAAGGGACCCCCAGCGAAGGAAAUGCCCCUUAGUGAGGCGGGGAGGCUUCGUGCGGGGUUGGGGCUGUGAUCCUGCGGAGCAGGCGUCUGCUGAGGACCGCAGGCCUCAAGCCGUGCUGCGCCCCACUCUAGCCCACGCCUGGCUCGCGUCGUCCCCUAUCCCCGAGGUGGUGCCAGGGACCGCUCCUGGACACCUGUCAACAGCAGUAGCCCCCAGACUGCAGGGAGCGGGAGGUGACCCAGGCCUCCGGCGAGGAGGGCCUCUGAAGUUGGGCUGGGGAGACACCUUCCCUUGUCAGAGGAGGUGACCGUGCCGAGGUGAACUCCGGGGGCCACUCUCUCCAGAGGAAGGUCCCCGCUUCUGCCCCCUGCGACAGUCGGCAAAGAGGGCGCUCUCUCUACUCCACUUUGCUACAGUUGUCUGAGGAGCCACAAAAAGUUUCCAGAACUGCCAACUCUUCUUACUCUGAAUUUUGCUCUCUUAAAAAAAAAAAAAAAAAAAAGAAUGAGAAGAAACCGGAGCAAGCAGCCCUCGUCAGCAGACUGGGAGCCGCGUGGGUCGGGAGCUAUUUGCAUCCCGGUCUGCGGGGGCCUUGGGGAUUCUGAUGACAGGCCGAUUCCUGGUGGCUCGCCCCCUCCUGUGGGCGUUGGGACGGAUGCCUUCCAGCUCUCAACAGGAAGGAGGCCCUGGCAGCUCCUGGCUGUAGUCACAUCGUCCUGAGGAGUCCUGGUCACCUCACCCCACUGCAAGGGGCCACCAAGCUUGGUACCCUCCUCAUUGUAGGGGGCCAGUGAUUCUCUGACCAGAUGAUUGUUUGUUUGUUUUAGGGGAUAUUUGUGCAGUGAGACGUGUAUUUCUGUGUGGCUCCCCUGGGCUAGUGUGCUGCCCAGAAUGUGACACCUCUAUGUGAGCCAUUUAAAGUGUGGCCUGCGGGGACAGUGCUAUGUAAGUGAUCUUCCAUUGUCAGAUGAGGGCAGGGUCCUUUGCUGUGACAGUGCUAAUGAAAGAUGUUGGUUUGUUUUUUAAAUAAACCCAGACAACCCUGCA